UCCAAAAUCAAAACUCCUUCCCACACAUUCCAAAGAUCCGCACGAAACGAUCAGGGCAAGAUAUCGAAAUCUCAUUACACUUCUAGUCAUUUCAAAAUUGGUCGGAACAAUCUGUGCUUUUUAUUGCGUCUAAAAAGUCACAUUCCGUAAAACUUUCAUUGAUAUUAAACUUCAUUGAAAUGAAAACGCCACUGACAUUGAUUGAUCGAAUUUGAGUCAUAAUUUAGAAGCAAAAUGGUACACCGGUGACAUAUUGUCAGCUCAGCGGUAGUCAAAACUGUUCGAUUCAUUUUGAGAUUUUUUCGACAUACAAUCUACUCGUGAUCUUGUUAACUGUCAUCGGAAUAAUAGUCGAUGAUCAACUAAACUGAUAGCGAAAAAACAACCAGUUCAAAAACGAUGGGCAAUGGGAAUUGAGAGAGCCUUUCAUCUCCGCACCGCUUUUAUAUCUCUUUCUUUUUCAUUUCCCCUUUAGAGGGUAGAGGCGGAGAAAUCGGGAGGGUUUUUCUUGGAUUUGUGAAGGGUGGGCGGUAUUUUUCAAAAGAUCAAAGGCUACUCCCGGGGCGCUGGUCGGUGGGUUGAAUUGGUAAAUCAAUUAGUGCAUUAGAGUCUAUAGCAACUGCAUUGGACGUGCAUGGGGUGAUGUAUUGAGAGGCGGCUCUUUGAUGUUGCCGCCUGCACCACUAAGCACAGUCAGUUCCCGUCAAUAUUUGGAGAGACGCACGACAGCUCGUUUGAUUGACAGCUCCCAAAGGGAACUUCAAAGGAGCCGCCUAAUCAGUGACAGUGACAUGAACCGUCCCUCCUGCCACCAACAGCACCGCCACUACAAUAGCAAUUACAAUUAUACCACCACUACCACCCCCCUCUUUCUGUUCCGCUCCCUCCCUUAUUUUACUUGCUUCUCUCUCUUUACUCAAAUUCGAAAAUAUAUCCUCUCAAUUCAGUUGCUAGCUUUCAACUCAAUUCCUUGUAUCUUGUUUUACAUCAACUGAAAAAAAAACAGAUCCAAACCAUCUUACAACCAAACUUGAGAUUGAAAUUCAAAGCUGGAAGGAAUUUUAAGAACACCACAACUAUUUCUCCGAAUUUUCCGAAAGUUAAGUCCGGAAACCUUUACAACUUUAUGAUCUCAAAACUUACCACUAAGUAAAACGGUCACCAAAAUCGGCGGUCACAACAAAUUCGACUCCUGUCAAUUUAUAAUCUCCAUAUAAUAUCCAAAACUAUACCUACAACACUUCAACUAAUAAACUCAGCCCCGUCAAUCAAAACAACUCUUGCUAAACGUGGCAAGAGAUAUUCGCUUACAAAUAGCUCUUCUUAACUUAUCAAGACUCCAGUUAACUUUUGGUGACAUUAGUCAGUCACGGAGUCCAAAUUAGUCCAGUCGGAUUAGAGCCGAGACUUAUCGAGAAUUACGGAUUAAACUAUCCGACACUUAUCCUCCAGUAGCUGGAAAAUUGGUGAUCCAGGCAAACCUCACACGCUCAAAUCGCACUUUCCAGAUUUAUCAGAAACUGUCAAUUCCAAUCGCUUCUUCAAACCUCUUCAAUUAUUACAACAAUCAUAAAUCACUGAUUCCGAUCCAAACUUCAGUUCUCUAUUGCUUCAGAAAAUAUUCAACUCUUCUUUUUGUUUUAGUCAAAACACAUUGAGUGUUCGAAAGCAAAAACUAUUCGAUUUAAAAAAUGUCUCUCAAAAUAGCAUUCCUAGUUGCUUUCAUUGCUUCCUUUAUUCCGGUCAACAGAUCCUCGGCAAUUACAAAACGAGAUCCGAAUGCAACUCCAGUCGAAAUUUGGGCUCUGCAGGCAUUUUCGAUGUUGGACGCCUUAACAUGCCGCCAACUGUACAUUUUCGAUGAGGAUCUCUGCGACCGCAUCAAGAUCUCAACACAUCGAACUCAGAUGAACUUGUACCUCAGCAACGAGGGCAAAUUGGGAAACUACACAGUUGCGUACCCGGACAACGGGUUCGAGCAAGAUCCCAGACACUCAAUGGUUCUUGGAAUUGAUCCAUUCCCCGAACUUAGCAUUCCGCACGUUGUCUUCAUUUUCUUCUUGGAUAAAUUCUCUUCUAAUCAAUGUGAACAACGUUCGGGUCAGUUCUACAACAAAUUCUGUCUGUAUCUCGCUCAGAAGAAACAAUGCGGACAGGACUUAAACCUCUACUGUCAGUUGAGAUACUUGCCUCUCGUUUACGAAAACGGAGACCAUAAAAAGUCUCAGCAAUUCAAGUGUCACGAAGAUGUUCUUGUUACGGCAACCUGUCCCAAACCAACCGAGUUAAACAAAAAAGAGCCUCUUUGUGUGCAACAACCCGAUCACCCAGUCUGUCUGAAAUCCAGGAAAACUAACCUUUGCCAGAAUGACAUCAUAUGCGACUACGGGUUCAUAAUUUCGGGCGGCUGGAACGAGAUAAACGGACGGAAACAACUCGAAACUGGAGCUCUGGCAAUGUACAAACAGCUCACUAAGCAAGGAUUUCACGUUGACAGUCUAAGGCUCCUGGUGAAUAACGCUACGAGUUACCGACGAGCUAAGAACCAGGAACCGGAGGUCGUCUGGGGUGCCCGAGACAGAGCCGAGAUGCGAAGUAGCAUCCGAAAGGUCUGCAAUCGGGAGUUCUGCGCAGAUACUGUUGUCAUAUACCUCUCAGGAGUGACAGCCGACGAUGGGUCCCUUCUACUUUGGGAUCUCAACCAGGACGGAGUCGUGAACAACAACGAGCGCUACUCCCCAUUCCACCUACUCAAAGACACCGCCAACUGCAAAGCGAACAGGGUAAUCCUCAUCGUCGAUUCCACGAACACAGAAUCUCUCAUCACAAAAAUGUCGCAGUCUAAGGGCAAACACGACAACAUGAUUGUCAUCGGAGCUGGCAGAUUCGGACAAUUACCAGACGAUACUUUCGUUAAAGUUUUCACUGAGUUUUCCGGAAUGCAGUUUUGCCUGGCGGAAGCACUAACGGAUGUUGAACGACACAGCGAAAUCGAUCCAUUUUUGAUGCUUCCCGAAGGCAGCACCAAUGUCAAUGUGACUCUAACAGGAGCGACUUGUAGUCGACACAGUAAUUUGCCGACUAAGACUUCCGGUUGUAUGCAACUACCUUCAAUGAUGUGGAAAUUAUUCACAUGAGCUCCCCGAAAUAAUCACACCAAACAAAAUUCCAAUGAAGAAACUUGUUGAUGAUUUUAUACCUAAAUACUUGUUCUGAUAUAGUUCUGUUCCAAGUUUCACUCAAGCAAAUGUCUGAGUUUUAUCUUUUAAUUUUGUAUCAUAGAGCAAACUAAUUGAUAAAUAUACAAUACAUAAUGGAAAAA